GUGUGGGCGUGGCGGGGGGCGGAGCAGCCCCUGGGGCGCGGUGACGUGAGCGGAAGCUGCAGGCGCGGGUGUCGCGGCGAGGCCGGGCCGGGCGGGUGCGAUGGACGAGACGAGCCCGCUGGUGUCUCCGGAGCGGGCUCAGGCCCCCGACUACGGGCUGCCGGGGGCGGCCGUGCGCACCCUCCCGCCCGCCGCUCCCCCACCGCCGCCUUCCCCUCCCGGCUCCCCCGGAGGCCGCGACCGAGAGCGGCAGCCGCUGCUGGAGCGAGGGGCGCGGGGCCCGGCGGCGGCGCAGGCCCAGGCGCAGGCCCAAGCGGCAGCGCAGGCUCAGGCCCAGGCGGCGGCGGCGGCGGCGCAGCGGGAGCGCAAUGAUUUCCCCGAGGACCCCGAGUUCGCGGAGGUGGUGCGGUGCGCCGAGCUGGCCAGCGAGCGCGGCAUCUUCCCCGAGCGCAUCUCGCAGGGCUCCAGUGGCAGCUACUUCGUCAAGGACCCGCAGGGGAAAAUCAUUGGUGUCUUCAAGCCCAAGAAUGAGGAACCCUAUGGGCAGCUGAACCCCAAGUGGACCAAGUGGCUGCAGAAGUUGUGCUGCCCAUGCUGCUUUGGGAGAGAUUGCCUCGUCCUCAACCAGGGUUACCUGUCGGAGGCGGGUGCCAGCCUGGUGGACCAGAAACUGGAACUCAACAUUGUUCCCCGCACAAAGGUGGUGUAUCUGGCCAGCGAGACCUUUAACUACAGUGCCAUCGACAGGGUGAAGUCCCGGGGUAAGAGGCUGGCCCUGGAGAAGGUGCCGAAAGUCGGCCAGCGCUUCAACCGCAUUGGUUUGCCACCCAAGGUGGGCUCCUUUCAGCUCUUUGUGGAAGGCUACAAGGAUGCUGACUACUGGCUGCGGCGGUUCGAAGCUGAGCCACUCCCGGAGAACACCAACCGGCAGCUGCUGCUGCAGUUUGAGCGGCUUGUGGUACUGGACUAUAUCAUCAGGAACACAGAUCGGGGCAAUGACAACUGGCUCAUCAAGUACGACUGUCCCCUGGACAGCGCAGGCGUGCGGGACAGUGACUGGGUGGUGGUGAAGGAGCCCAUCAUCAAGCUGGCUGCUAUAGACAACGGUUUGGCCUUUCCCUUGAAACACCCAGACUCCUGGAGAGCAUAUCCAUUCUACUGGGCAUGGUUGCCCCAGGCCAAAAUCCCCUUUUCACAGGAGAUCAAGGACCUGAUUCUUCCCAAGAUCUCAGACCCCAACUUUGUCAAGGACCUGGAGGAAGAUCUGUAUGAGCUCUUCAAGAAAGACCCUGGCUUUGACAGGGGACAGUUUCACAAGCAGAUUGCAGUCAUGAGGGGCCAGAUCCUGAACCUGACUCAAGCGCUGAAGGAUGGGAAGAGCCCCCUGCACCUGGUUCAGAUGCCGCCUGUGAUUGUGGAAACGGCGCGUUCCCACCAGCGCACCGCCAGCGAGUCCUACACGCAGAGCUUCCAAAGUCGGAAGCCUUUCUUCUCCUGGUGGUAGCCAUGGGAGCUACAGACAGGGCUUGGCUGCCUCGGACUGGCAUUGCGAGAGGAGCUGAGCCACUGCUGGCUCCCGUGGCUGGGACUCGACCUUCUGGGUCGAGUGUGGCUGGAGGAACCUGCAGCUGAACUGGAGGAGCCAGGCAGGUCGGGCAUGGUCCCUCCUCAGCUCCGUUUGGAGCUCAGUGCCCUGUCUGGGGCAGAGCCCAGGGGAAGGAGUGGGAAUCCUCUGGGAGCUGUGGUGUGGCUGGGACCCUGCCCCUCCCUCGGCCUGCAUGCUGUUCUGAGCACCCCUGCUUGGGGCUGGGAUGAGCAGGCUGCCUGGACCAGUAUCCAUCCAGGCCUUCACACCAGCCACUGGCCCCUUUCACACCGUGCUGGCUGCUGGGCUUGGAAGGCCUGUAGCAGGUUGUCCACCCCUCCCUUGGCCUGAGGGUGUGCUUGUACUUCACUGUCCCUCCUCUGCCCCAACCCUGUGCACGCUGCUUUCCUCAGGGGGAGUUCCUGCUGCCCACUGGCGCAGUAGGGACCACAACGAACGGCUGUUCUCUGGCUGGGGGCUCGAGGAGGGAAGGGAUGAGGGACAACUCACAGGGCUGGCUUGGGUUCAGUUAGAAACUAUGGGGAAAGAGGUGUUGACUUGUCCUUGUGAGAAACAUGUGGUCCUGGGAGGGGCUGUAGCUUUGAGCCACCCUCCACAGCUGGAGAGGGCUGAGGGUGGGUGCAAGCACUUUCUCCCCUUUUGCUGCCCUGGUCCAUCCCUCCUGCCAGGUCUCCACAGCUGCUCUUGCUUGGCUUUUGCCCCUGCUCCCAGCAAGCUCUCUGGCUGCUGUGCAGCCAGCAUGGUGCCAGCCUUGUCUGUGCCUAGGGCCCCCUCGAGGGGCAGGGGACUUCUGGGGAAGGGCCAGCGUGGCUUUUCUGCUACAUGGGAGGGAGGUGUGAUGGGAGCAUGGGGGAGGGGGAAAAGGUGUGCUCCUGGUUGUCCUGGUGCUGACAAUCCCACAGGCCUGCUGUGGGGGUGACGCCCUGUGCCCCUCACUCCCCAGAAGCUGCUGAGCUCGUGUUGUAUGAACAGUACCAGGGCUGCUGCCUGCAUUUGCUUGCCUUGAGCUGCAGCUUCUCCUGCUGCCAGGGGAAGCUGGGGUUGGGGCUCAGUGUCCUGCUAGCUCAUCUUUGAGUGUUGGGGGAGAAUGAAGGCAGGUUGGGGAUCUGCUGCUUGAGCCUGGGAGGGGAGAGCUCCCUUGGCUCCUGUGCAGGGAGGGCGCUCAGCAAUAGCUGUGCAAGCACAGGGUGGGCAGCAGCAAGACCCCAGCUUCCUGGCUAGGCCCAGCUGCAUCUCCAACUGACCCAAAAUGUAUUGUUCUAAUGCACUGUAGAAAUGUAUGUAAUGUAUUUAAACCAUGCAACCGUCUGAAUAACAGAGCUGCCGUUCAGCUGGA